CUAAAGGUCAAAGUUGAGGGGUCAGCUGGGAGGCAAACAUGGCAGCGUUCAGCGCGACAAGGUGUUUGUUCGGUUAUUCAGCUCAGCUCCGAAAUGCUGCACGGACGCCCCACACUUUGCUCAGAUGUGCAAGAAAGAUGCUGUGCAGUGAGUCGUCAGCUGGUAACAGUUCACCAGAUGUCAGGAAACCCGAGUUCUCAGAUGAAGUUAUUCAGGAUAUUUUGACUAAAAUCACCGGGAUGGAUCUGCACAAAAUAUUUCGACCCAUUAAACAGGAACUAAAGCCACCAAUAUAUAAACUCAUGACAGAUAAACAACUUGAAGAGGCUACACAACAAGCUGUAGAAGUAGCCAAAAAGAAUUUGAAAAUGCCCCCUGUGCUGCCAGAAAGAAAGCCAAUUAACAGUGUUUUGGCAGAAGACAAGGUUUUGGAGGGACUGGAAACUGCCAAAUAUGUGUUUACUGAUAUCACUUACAACAUUCCACACAGAGAACGCUUUAUAGUUAUCAGAGAGCCAGAUGGUACUUUACGCAAAGCUUCUUGGGAAGAACGGGAUCGGAUGCUGCAAAUAUACUUUCCUAAGGAGGGCAGGAGAAUAACUCCACCACCGGUCUUUAAAGAAGAAAAUCUCAAGGUUGUGUUUCUCCAAGAUCGCCACCAGGAUAUACUGGACCUCUGUCUUGUCCAGUUUGAGCCAGAUUCCUCCGAGUACAGAAGGGUUCACCAGCUAACCUACGAUGACAUUGAAAAACAAGGAAAAUAUGACCUCCUGCGUUCGACAAGACACUUUGGCGGAAUGGUUUGGUAUUUGGUCAAUGCAAAACGAGUGGAUGGCCUACUGAUUGAUAUGAUCCAGAGAGACCUGAUCCAAGAUGCUGCAAGUCUUGUUCAUUUGUAUCAUAUAGUGCAUCCACAUUGUCAGUCUGCUGCUGAGGCCACAGAAAAGCAAGUGGAUGGGAUUGGCCUGGUUAAGAUCUUUGCCAAGACAGAAUCCCAGAAGUCUGGAUACAUUGAACUUGCUCUACAAGCCUAUCAGGAGACAACUCUUGAAAGCUCUGCUUAAUCUGGCCUGACUUCAGCUCUUCCUAAUAUGAAAAAGACUGCUGCUUUAACAGAUUUCCAUUACAUAUUCUUUGUUAUGAUAAAUUACUUUUGAGUCAGAAGGUUGUUAAUAAAUAAAGAUUUUUUUUCUGGUUUAACAGAUCCCCUUUA